AACAAUCUACAGAGAAAUUCUUCGCUUAAAUUUCUUGGCUAUGAACGGUAACACUUCCUCCUCCGUCCACGGCGAAACAACCGACGACGAAAGUCGCGACGACAAUCCUCCUACAUAUUCGCCCGCUGAGAGUGUAAACGGCGCACUAAGACGGGAAGAGAACGACGAAGAAGACGACGGCGAGGAAGAAGAAAACGGCGACGGCGAUGGCGACGGCGACGACGAGUUAGAUGAGGAUGAAGAAGUGGACAUUAUGACCGUCGAUCAAGAAAUUACCGAUGCAGCAAUGGAAAUCGAAGAAGAAAAAGACGUUUCCAUGGAAGAAACAACGCAAUCGGAGUCCUCCUUUUCCGCCGCCGCAUCCGCCGCCGCCUUCGCCGCCGUAGAUCAAGACUCCUCUGAAUCGGACGGCGAGGAAUCAGAAACAGAGUCUCAAAUCUCUCACAAUUUUCCUCCGAACUUCCCCCUGGAAUUCACGAAGCGACUCGUAGAUCCGCUAUCGAUCCGUCCUCGAAUCUUGAUGGAGAAGAAACUGCGCGAAUCCGACGUCGACGAGAAUCGCAACCGGUUGUCGAUUCCGGCGAAGAAGGUGAAGGAGGCGUUCUUGCUGCUGGAUGAGGAGGAUCGGAUGAGCGCCGGCGAGGACAUGGAGGUGGAGGUGAUCGAGCCGGACAGCGGAACGGUCAGCGCCGUGACUCUGCGGAGGCGGCGGAUCGGAGAGAAUCAGCCGCCGUCGUACGUGCUGACCGGGCAGUGGAGCCAGGUGGUGGCGCGUAACAGUGACGCGCUAAAGAGGGGAAGAAGAGUUAGGGUUUGGUAUUUUCACGACGGCGACGGCGACGUCGGCUUACGGCUCUGUUUUGCGAUUGAAGUUUUUGAAUCAGGGAAAGGGGGAGAUGGUGAAUUUGUGAAGGAACUGACUCAGAAAUGGUGGGGACAAAAUAUUUUUACUCCAUAAUUCUUU